AUGAGUUUAUUCCAAUCCAAAUCACUUUUUUCAACAAAAGUUGAUAUUGAACUAAAUAUAUCUUCAGAUAAAGUACCUGCUGUCAAAGACGGAGUACAAAAUCUCUUCUUGAAUGAUAUAGACUUCAUCAAAAAGCUAUUUCGUCUUAGGCUCCUUAUAGCAGCUGCUGCUUUGAUAAGGGAAAGAACUUACAAUAAGGGGGGAGGAAGAUAUAUAGAUCAAGUGCAGGCUUUCAAAUACUUGGGAAUACAAAUACAGAAAGACGAAAUAAUGGAGGAAGAAAUAAAAGAAAGAUUACUAAAAGCAUCGAACCUGUAUCAUAGCAUAAGAACGUCGUUCAUAUCGAAAAAAGAAAUAAGCAGAAAGACCAAAAUGACGGUAUAUAAAACCAUUUUCAGACCUAUCCUGACUUUUGGAAGCGAAAGCUGGAUGUUGAGCAACCGACAAAGAAGCAAAAUGCAAGCAAUAGAUAUGAAAUACUUGGGAGCAGUAAAAGGAGUGACUAGGAGAAACAAAAUUAUGAACAAAAUUAUACGAAGUGAGUUAGGGGUUAGAUCUGUCUUGGAAAAAAUUGAGGAAAACCAGUUGAAAUGGUUUGGGCAUCUAAUCCGCAUGGAAGAAACUAGACCAGUCAAAAGAAUAUGGGAGGCUAGAAUUAUGAAGAAAAGAACUAGAGGGAGACCAAAAAAGACGUGGAAUGACGGAAUUGCAUUGACACUGAAGAACAGAGGACUCAGCUGGACAGAAGCUAAAACCUUCAGCAUAGUUCUAGUGGGAAUUGCAAAUGCUAAUUACGAGUUCAUAUACUGUGAUGUUGGAACCAACGGUCGUGUAUCUGAUCGAGGGGUCAUUGAAAACACGAAAUUUAUGAAGUAUUUGGCAGCAAAUAAACUUAAUUUGCCAGCACCAGAGACAGUUGUACCCGGUGAACCACCAUUGAAUUAUGUGUUUGUAGGAGACGAAGUAUUCGCAAUGCGACACGAUUUUUUAAAACCGUAUAAUCAAAGAGAGCUGGACUAUCCAAAAAAGGUAUUCAACUACCGUUCGAGUAGAGCUAGACGAGUAGUAGAAUAUGCUUUUGAUAUUCUGGCUAAUCGUUUUAGAGUAUUCCAUACAUAUAUUAAUUUAAAAGUUGAUAACAUUGACAAAGUUGUUUUGGCAUGCUGUGCGCUUCACAAUUUUCUACGCAGAAAUUCGGUGAAUUCAUAUACACCUAGUGACGUAUUUGACGUUGAAGAUACGUCUACUGGUGUCAUUACCCAGGGACUGCGAACACAGAAUCACAGUUUGUUAGAUCUUGCAAGCAGUCACAAUAGCCAUCAUGGUACCGAAGCAAAACAUGCCAUGGCUUUCGUCGGCAGUAGUAAGUAUCCUCUGGACUUUCAAUUGGUAGAUACGACCGUAGAAGAGCUGUACGAUGAAAUAGAAAUGAUAGAUAAAGUUCCAAGUGAUCAGGAAUCGAUUAUUUCAGAAGAGUGCGACAACGAAAAUGAUUUCUGUGAAAUACAGCCGAAUGAUAUUAUGAUCAGUACUGAUGAUGACUUCAGCGAUGAUGACGUCCCUCUUUCAAGAUAUUUACAAAAUCCAUAUAAUCAACCACCCAAAGUUUCAUGGUCUUCUCAAAAUUUACGUCUACUAAACCCGGCUCAGCCGUUUACUGAGAAUCAAGGUUUAUGUCUUCAGUUGUUACAAAAGGAAGACCACCUGUUUUCGCCUCACUUCUUUUUUAAUCUGUUUAUAACUGACGAGCUUAUAGAAGAUAUUGUUUUUCAAACAAACCUGUAUGCUGAACAAGAGUUUCAAAAAAAUACCAAAAAAUAUAAUCCUACAAAUACAAAAGAAAUGAAGGUUUUCCUUGGUCUUAAUAUUCUUAUGGGAAUCAAACCACUACCUAGUUAUAGAGACUACUGGAGUGUCGAUGAAGACAUGCACGAUAAUUACAUUUCCCAGUUUAUGCCUGUAAAUAGGUUCGGUUGGUUGCUUAGCCACGUUCACCUCAAUGACAAUAGCGUAAUGCCAAAAAAAGGGGAUGCAGGAUUCGAUAAACUAUAUAAAGUCAGGCCCUUCAUAGAUAAAAUUAAGGAGGAUUUCAAAAAAUAUUAUAAUUGUACAAAAAACAUCGCAAUCCAUGAAUCAAUGAUAACAUUCAAGGGGCGAAGUACGUUGAAGCAAUAUAUGCCGAAAAAGCCGAUAGAACGAGGCUACAAAAUCUGGACUUUGGCUGACGCAAAUGCAUAUUUAUAUGACUUUGAUGUUUAUACCGGCAAAAGCGAUGUCUACGUGGAACAUUCUUUAGGAAAAAAGGUGAUACUUGGACUUACCGAGAAUUUCCAACAAAAAAAUCACUUGCUCUUCUUCGAUAACUUUUUCACCUCGUAUGGGUUAUUGAACAUUCUCAAAGAAAGGGGGAUUCAUGCAUGUGGUACAGUUCAGUUGAACAGAAAACACCUUCCAAAAAUGAUUGAAGAUAAACGUCUGAAGCAAGGUGAAUAUGAUUAUUCGAUAAGUACUGAUGGGAUCAGUUUAAUGAAAUGGAAAGACAAAAGAGCAGUCCAUAUUUUGACCAAUUAUCAUGAUCCAACCGUAAGAAGCACUGUCCAACGAAAACAAAAGGAUGGUACUAAAUCCCCUGUUCCUUGUCCUAUGGUACUGAUGGACUACAAUAGUAACAUGAGCUUUGUGGACCGUUUCGACCAAAUGAAAUCAUCUUAUGAGCUGUUUGGUUCAUCGGAUUUGAUUCAUGAAGACAGUGAUUCACAAUGUAGUCCACGGGCAUCUCAACGGGGAUCUACAUUGGCGAGAAAAAAAUGUGGGUUCCCAAGUUAUAAGGCUCACGAAAAUGUAUUUCGUUUUGAUAGCAAGAAGAAAGCUCAGAAUGUAUAA